AUGUACUAUUCAUUUGCAGUAAUUCUUGGCAUUGUACCACCUGCAUUAGACUUUAGCAGUACUGCCACUGGUGUAGCGGGUACGUCUUCACUUGCCCCCAACAACGAAGACAAUUUAUGUGGUAUUUCAUGCACAAAUAUUGAGGUUCCUAUAGAUGACAGCACCCAGUUUGGUCAAAUUAUUGAUUUACACCUGCCAUCAACUAUCUCGACUAAGGCAUCCAAAAGGAGGAAAAAUAUGGAGGGCGAGGAGAUUCAGACCUUUAAGGUGGAGAGGGAUAAGUACAUCCAGGAGAUAAUCAAGCUAAAGGAAGAAGUGGAAUAUUAUAGAAUAAAAACAUUGUAUUUCAAAAAGAAAAUCAAUGAAAUGUCACAAUCAAACAGAAGUUCAGAGCAAUAA